GCUUGCAUAAACCGGGACAUCGUAUACGGAGUACGUAUAUGCCCUUUGCGUAGCGGCGCAACCGCGCGUACUGCCUUGACGAGACGAGAUGCAGACCUGUAGCGUGGUCGCCCGUCCCGUCCGCACAAACGCACCGCCACCGCCACCGCCACCGUGGAGCAGAAACGAAAGCAUGACGUCGACGUCGCCGGACCACCUGUUCGGCCUCCGCAACAGCUUCUACGUGGGCGCGUACCAGGCCGCCAUCACCGGCAGCCAGUCCGUCCCCGCGCACGCGCUCUCCCCCGACGAGGUCCUCCACCGCGACGCGAUCCUCUACCGCUCCUACAUCGCCAUCGGCUCCCACCAGCUGGUGAUCGACGAGAUCGGGCCGGCCGCUGCGACGCCGCUCCAGGCCGUCAAGCUGCUCGCGUUGUACCUCUCCGGCGGCGCCGCCGGAAACAAGGAGUCGGCGGUCUCGAGACUCAAGGAGCUCUUGGGUGAUCCCGCGGUGGGGAGCAACCUGAUUCUCCGGCUGGUCGCAGGGACCAUCUUCAUGCACGAACAGGAUUAUGCCGAAGCUCUCAAGCACACGAAUUCUGGUGGCAAUAUGGAGCUGCUUGCGCUGAAUGUCCAGAUAUACCUCCAAAUGCACAGGCCCGACAACGCGGAGAAGCAGCUCAGGGUCAUGCAGAAGCUGGACGAAGACCACACGCUGACACAGCUCGCCAGCGCAUGGCUACACCUUGUCAUGGGUGGCUCCAAGAUACAAGAGGCCUACCUCAUCUUCCAAGACUUCUCGGAGAAGUACACAGCGACCUGCAUGAUUCUAAACGGGAAAGCCCAGUGCUUGAUGCACAUGGGCAAUUUUGAACAAGCAGAAGGCUUGCUGCUGGAAUCACUGAACAAGGACCCCAAGGAUGCACAAACUCUUGCUAACAUCACCGUGUGCAGCCUGAAACUGGGGAAACCUGCAUCGCGCUAUCUCAACCAGCUGAAGCUAGCCCAGCCUGAGCACGUACUGGUGAAGCGGAUGUCCGCUGCUGAAGACACCUUCGACAGAGCGAGCCAGGCGAUGGCAUGAGUUCUCCUGUAAUUUUUUUCAAUUAACCUGUCGCUGGACAGACCAAAGCAAACACUUGUCUCACAGCAGCCAGUUCAAAAGAACAGCCAAUAAUUCUUACGUUCAGUUCCAAUCCUCAAACAGUCAACGAACACGACAAAACUUGUCUCUUGGCCGGUUGAUGGCUUCGUUAAUUCAAAGUCGGACUUCCGAGCCUUAUGUUAAAAAAUAUAUCAUUUCUUAGUGGGUCACGGUAAAUAUAUCCUCGCCAUCAGGCCGGA